GCAGCGCCCACGGACCAGCUUCUUUGCACCCCUGCGAUGGCAGCCAUUCUCUUGAAGGCCAAACCCAAGGUGCCAGUGUCUUUUGAAGAUGUGUCCGUGUACUUCACCAAGACAGAAUGGAAGCUUCUGGAUGUCCAACAAAGGAUUCUCUACAAGACAGUGAUGCUGGAAAACUAUCGUCAUUUGGUGUCCCUGGGAUUUUUAUCCACCAAGCCUCACCUGGUCUCCUGGCUGGAACAAGGGGAGGGGCCCUGGGCAACAGACGUCUGGAGAACACCGGCCACCGCGGAGAUGCAGACAGGAGACGGGAUACAAACCGGGACGUCGGUUUCCGCACAGAAGCGUGGCCCCGAAGAACUCCCGGGGCCCGAUCGUCCCGGCGGACCGUCCGGUGCGGCCGGAGAGACGCCGCAGAGGAGCAGCCCCCGCGUCGGGCAGGAGCGGGUUCCCGGGCGGCAGGGAGCGCGCGGCGCCGAGAAGCGCUACGUGUGCCAGCAGUGCGGCCGCGCGUUCAGCCGCAGCUCCAACCUCAUCAAGCACCGGGUCAUCCACAGCGGCGAGAAGCCGUACGCGUGCGGCGAGUGCGGGAAGCUCUUCCGGCGGAGCUUCGCGCUGCUGGAGCACCGGCGCACGCACAGCGGCGAGCGGCCCUACGCGUGCGGGGACUGCGGCAAGGCUUUCACGCGCAGCUCCAACCUCAUCAAGCACCAGGUCAUCCACAGCGGCGAGAAGCCGUACGCGUGCCCCGAGUGCGGGAAGCCGUUCCGGCGCCGCUUCGCGCUGCUGGAGCACCGGCGCACGCACAGCGGCGAGCGGCCCUACGCGUGCGGGGACUGCGGCAAGGCCUUCCGCCGCAGCUCCAACCUCAUCGAGCACCAGCGCACGCACCGCGGCGACAAGCCGUACGCGUGCGGCCAGUGCGCCAAGGCCUUCAAGGGCGUGUCGCAGCUCAUCCACCACCAGCGCAGCCACAGCGGCGACAGGCCCUUCACGUGCAAGCAGUGCGGCAAGGCCUUCCGCGGCUGCUCGGGGCUCAGCCAGCACCAGCGCGCGCACAGCGGAGAGCGGCCCUACGCGUGCCCCGACUGCGGCCGCGCCUUCAGCCGCCGAGCCAACCUCUGCAAGCACCGGGCGCUGCACCGCAGGGACCGGCCCCGCGCGUGUUCGCGCUGCGGGCGGCGCCCCCCGGAGCCCCGGGCCGCGCAGGGGGCCGAGCCGCGGCGGCCACGCGCUGGGAGCGGCCGCUGCGCUGAGUGCGGCCAAGCCCUCCGGGCCCCGCGGCGGCCGGGCCGGGCCCAGAAGCCCCGCGGCGGGAGGAGGCCCGCGGGGAGGAGCGACGGCGGGGCGGAGGGCGAGGCGGCUCCGGGUGACGUGGGCUGUGCGGCGGCCCCCCGCGCGGUGUGA